CCGGCUCCCGCGGACGCGUCGGGCGGCUCUGAGGACGGUCGUCGCACUUCCUGGUUAACGUGGGCGAGGACGCGGACGCGGGCGCUCGGCCGCGAGGAUUUCAGCGCGGAGUCACCCACCCAGCCCCAGCCCACCGCCCCUGUGAGAACGCGCAUCGCGACCGCGCGGACAGCUCGUGAGAGGAGCCCCCCCCCACCGCCCCGUCUCGCUCUGCUGAACAGCGCGAGUCGCGCGGAGCCUGCUCGCGCUGCUUCGCCGCCGCUGUCACCGCUCCUCCCGCCGCUGCUCCUCGGGGUCGGAGGAUGAACCGGGCGCGCCGCUAGCGGAGACCCGAGGAGGAACGAAGAGGAUCCCGUAGCUUCGCGAUUGGAUGUGAGCCUAUUUUGACCCCAGACACCGAAGAUGAUGUUGCUAUGGAAACUGCUGGUGCUGCCGUCAUUCGUGGGGUGCCUCGCAGAGAGCGGUGUCCUGCAGAGCCUGGCCUUCACCAAGCAGCCCGGCAGCAUCGUGUUUCCCAUGGAUGCCAGCGAGAAGAACCGCGAGGUGGUGUUCAGCUGCGAGGCCCAGGGCAGCCCCCCGCCGUUCUACAGGUGGAAGCUGAACGGCACCCUGAUCAUCCCCAAACCCGGGUCCCGCUACAGCCUCUCGGGGGGCAACCUGCGAAUCAGCCGCCUCAACAAAGACGAGGACGCCGGGACGUACCAGUGCCUCGCCUCCAACUCCUUCGGGACCAUCGUCAGCAGAGAAUCCAGUCUCACCUUCGCAUAUUUGGAGAACUUCAAGACCCACAGAAGAGGCACGGUGUCGGUGCGUGAAGGACAAGGCGUGGUUCUGCUGUGCGGGCCGCCCGCCCACUCCGGAGAACUAACGUACUCCUGGAUCUUGAAUGAGUACCCGUCCUUCGUGAAGCAGGACAAGAGACGCUUCGUGUCCCAAGAGACGGGGAACCUGUACAUCGCCAAGGUGGAGCCUUCCGACGUGGGCAACUACACCUGCGUGGUGACCAACACGGUGACCAAAAGCCGGGUGCACGGUCCCCCCACCCCCCUGGUGUUACGCACAGAUGGCAUCAUGGGAGAGUAUGAACCCAAGAUCGAGGUCCAGUUCCCAGAGAUUGUGCCAGUGGCCAAAGGGUCGACCGUGAAGCUCGAGUGUUUUGCGCUGGGGAACCCAGUGCCCACUAUAAGCUGGAGGAGAGUGGAUGGAAUUCAGUUUUCUAGGAAGGUGGACCUGAACAAAGCGAGCAGAACCCUGGAGAUCCCUUACUUCCAGCAGGAGGACGCCGGCUCGUACGAGUGCUUGGCGGAAAACUCCAGGGGGAAGAACACGGUGAAAGGGAAGCUCACUUUCUACGCCCCUCCACAUCUGACCGAGAAGCCCGAGGAUGUGCAGAAGGCCAUCGACGACAGCCUGCUGUGGGAGUGCAAAGCCAAUGGGAAGCCCAAGCCCUCCUACAGGUGGAUGAAGAACGGUGAACCUCUGGAGCCCCUCGAGGAGAGGAUACAGGUGAUCAACGGCGCCCUGUCCAUCAGCCGGCUGACGCUGUCCGACAUGGGGAUGUACCAGUGUGUGGCCAGCAACAAGCACGGCGAGGUGUACACCAAUGCAGAACUAAGGGUCAUGGCCGUUGCCCCGGAUUUCUCCCAGAACCUGCUCAAGCCUCACACGCUAGUGCGGGAGACGGGCGACGUGCUCAUCGAGUGUCGGCCCAGGAUGUCUCCCCGGGGGACCAUCUCGUGGCGGAAGGGGAACGAAGCUCUCCAGGAGAACCACAGAAUUUCUAUCUUGGACAGUGGAAGUCUGAGGAUAUCAAACGUGUCUAAAUCAGACGCAGGCAUCUACACAUGUGUUGCAAGGAACCAGUUUGGAGUGGCGAGCAGCACUGGCAGUCUGGUGGUGAAAGAGCCCACCAUUAUCACAACUCCACCGUCGACUCUGGACGUGACCUUGGGCGAGAGCAUCGUCCUUCCGUGCCAGGUGCAGCACGACCCCUCGCUCGACCUCAAGUUCACCUGGUUCUUCAACGAGCAGGUCAUCCACUUCGGAAGCCACGGGGGCUACUUUGAAAAAGUCGGCGGUCACUCCGCCGGGGACAUCAUGAUCCGCAACAUUCAGCUGCGGCAUGCUGGGAAAUACACGUGUGCGGUGCAGACCAAGGUGGACAGCGUCUCCAUCGCCACCGACUUGGUUGUCAGGGGACCCCCGGGGCCACCUGUGAGCAUCCAUGUGGAGGAGAUCACUGACACCACAGCCACCCUGUCCUGGAGGCCCGGGCCCGACAAUCACAGCCCAAUUACCUCGUACACUAUCCAGGCCAGAACGCCCUUCUCCCUCGGCUGGCAGGCCGUCAGAACGGUUCCCGAGGUGAUCGGGGGCCAGCGUCUCUCCGCCACCGUGACUGACCUGAGCCCCUGGGUGGAGUACGAGUUUCGAGUUCUGGCCAGCAACGCCAUUGGCACCGGGGAGCCCAGCAAGCCGUCCAAGCAGGCGAGGACCAAAGACACGCUUCCAAAGGUCACCCCUGCUAAUGUAAGUGGAGGAGGCGGAAGCCGUUCAGAAUUAGUCAUCACAUGGGAGCCAGUUCCCGAGGAGCUGCAGAACGGAGGAGGGUUCGGUUACGUUGUGGCCUUCAGACCCCACGGCGCCCCCGGCUGGAUGCAGGCGGCGGUGCCUUCGGCUGACGCAUCCAGAUACGUAUUCAAGAACGAGAGCAUCCCGCCAUUCUCGCCAUACCAAGUCAAAGUGGGCGUUUACAACAACAAAGGGGAGGGGCCCUUUGGCCCCAUUACCACCAUCUACUCUGCUGAGGAAGAGCCAGGAAAAGCUCCGGCGAGGGUGCGAGCGCGGAGCCUCUCGGCAUCCGAGAUCGAGGUCUCCUGGAAGCCCCUGCCCUGGAGCACCAGCAAGAGGAGGGUGCUGGGCUACGAGCUGAGAUACUGGGCGAAGAACGAAAAGGAGGAGACGGCGAGCGUGCUGAGGACCGUGGGCAACAAAACGACCGCCGUCAUCCAGGGCUUGAAGGGCAGCACCACGUACUACAUCAGCGUGAAGGCGUACAACACUGCGGGAGCAGGGCCGCCCAGCGCCACAGUGAACGUCACCACCAAAAAGCCCCCGCCGAGCCAAGCGCCUCUGAAAGUCAUGUGGAACGCGUCCGAUUCCAAGAUCAUCCUCAACUGGGAGCACGUGAAGGCUCUGGAGAACGAGUCGGAAGUCACCGGGUACAAAGUCCUUUAUAAGCGCAACAGACACAGCCGGCCCAAAGUGAUGGAGACGAACACGACGUCGGUGGAGCUCUCUCUGCCUAUAGAUGAGGAGUACAUCAUCCAGAUCAAGCCGGUCGGCGAAGGAGGGGAGGGAAGCAGCAGCAGACAGAUCACAAUUCCUAGGAUAUCAGGUCCCAACGCCAUGGGUUCGGCCUCCAAGGUGUCAACGCUGUCCGCUCUCAGUACGAUUGCGCUCUCCUUCACAGCGCGGACGUCUUUAUGACAAAGAGCAUCCCGCGAGCACUCCAGGAAGCAAAGACUAAGCAGGGAGAGGCGUGGCUGCCAGCCCAGCGCUGCGUGUGAUCCAACCCAUUAGACGAGUUUAGACGCAGGAGGACAGACCUGCUGCAAAUAUGGUAUAAAAAGAGAGGGAAAGAAGCCCUUCCUGCAAAGUGUCACUAUCGAAGAGGGGGACAUUCUGCCGGAGUCCUGACUACUGUUACCAAAGCAGCUUUCAUUAAAAAAAAACAAUGUCAAAAAAGCAUUCUUAUAUGCAUAUUUUGUAUCUGAUGCUGGGCUUUUUACCGAUUUCUUUAACUGUACCGACAGGUUGUUGGCUCUUUCUCUGAAGCUACGAUGUGCGUGAUAUAGGUGCGUGUCCAACCCCGAAGGGAAGCAUGUGUAUCGUGGGGGAAAGGGAGAAGGUCCUUCUCUUUGAUUCGGAAAGGAUCUUCGCCCGUCGCCGAAGUCGGCGGUGCCGUGAUGGCAAGAGCGCCGUGCGUCUGGCCUCCUGCGGGGUGGGGGCUGCCAGCGAAAGCGUUUCGGUGCAACUGAGCUCACAGUCUCUCUCGUGCAACUCCUCCGGUGCUGCGUGUCUGUCGUACACCACGUGGGGUGCCUGCGUCCUCGGGUCAGACCGCAAUUCCGGGAAAACUCUCGAGUUGGUGUGGCUUCCCUCUGCGCGACACCUGUGGGACAGGAAGGUCCUUUUUUCUUUUUUUCUGCACAGCGAAAGGUCUUUUAUUCUCCUUCAACAGAGGGGGGGAGGAAUGGCGUAGACUUCUCUCCUCCACCCCCGUCCUGGCUUCACAGUGAUGUGGCAUUCAGGACCGUGAGAAAAUAUCCAUCACAGUCCCCCCCCCCCCCAUGUCCAGUGGAGCUCCAUGCAGACUUGGC